AGCUCAUGGCAUUCUUGGAAAACGCUGUGUCCUUCAGACCAACCCAAAACACAUGGUACCUUCUUGGAAGGAACUGGGAGCACGCAUUUUUGUGACUAGAUUCCUGAGUUACUAUGUCAAUACUGGUUGUUUAACUUUAUUAGAAGAGGGAGGAACAAUGUUCAACUUUGAGGGAACUGGAGGAAAAGGCAUUGUGAAGAGUGUUUUGAGAAUCCACAGUCCACAAUUUUAUUGGAAGGUGAUGGCACAGGCAGAUUUAGGCCUUGCAGAUGCAUAUAUCAACGGGGAUUUUUCAUUUGUUGAUAAAGAUGAAGGUCUCUUGAAUUUUAUUUUGAUUCUCAUAGCCAACCGCGAUUCAAAUGCAUCCAACUCACCUCAAGAAGAAUAG